AUGAAAUAUAAGGGACAACUCAGAAUUGCUAUUUUGGUAACUGAUAUAAUAAAUCAUGGACCAUUGUUUGAGAAAUAUGGGGAUUAUUUUGACCUUUUUUCCAGACUUUUUCAAAGCGCACAAAAUAAUAUUAAUGCUGGUAACAAAAAUGGAAUCGAUAAAAUUAAAUUGGAGUUAUUGUCGUUUGACGUCGUGAAAAAAAUGGAAUAUCCAUCAUUGAGUGAAUUGAAAGAGAUUGAUGGCGUAUUAAUUACUGGUUCAGCUUCAUCAGUAUAUGACGAUGCACCAUGGAUUCAACGUCUCGUAAAAUACACAAAACACUUGAUCGAAAAUCAGAAUCGUGUAAAAUUAGUUGGCGUGUGUUUUGGGCAUCAGAUAAUUGGUAAGGCAAUGGGAGCACCUGUGAUAAAGAAUCCGCUAGGUUAUGAGGUUGGCGUGCAUAAAAUCACGUUGACUUACCCCGGCAAAAAAUUUUUAAAAACCGAUAACAAGUUUUUGGACAUUGUCAUCGCCUUGCCAAAAGGAUUUGUAAACAUUGGCACCAGCGAGAAAUGUACAAUCCAGGGUAUGAUCAAAGAUAAUCACGUGUUGACGAUUCAAGGUCAUCCAGAGUUUUUCAAAGAAUGGGUGCAAGGUCUUCUUGUGAUUAGAAAGCAUAGAUUUUCGAAAGAGGAUUACGAACAGGCAUGGAAGGCCGCGGAACUUAAACAUGACGGUGUUUGGAUGGGACAAAAGAUUUUGGAAUUUUUUGCAGAGAAUUCUAAUAGAAUUGCUAUUACUAGUAGAUUGUAA